AUGGCUGGGAGCUUUCCCAGCAGAACCAGACAUUCCGAGGCAGGCAUGGACCCGCAAGCCAUUGCUGUUAAGCCGGUGCUGGGCGAAGAAAAAGGGGAAGCAGCGGUGGGUAGUGGGACGUGUUGCAAGGUGACGGUGGCCACCGUCCUUGUCAGCGCCGUCACAGCUGUGUCAGCCGGGAUCCUAAUGGCCUUCCACUUGAAACAAGAGGUCCUCUUUGAGCACCUGGUGGAGCUGCGAGGGAUCCGGUAUGACGGCAGCCUGCAGUGUCAGAACUCCGACUACCACCGCACGUUGACUCCCAUCCUGGAGAGGCUGGUAAGCUGGCUCCUCGGGGAGGGAGAACUGCUCAGCCCGGGCUUAGAAGAAGAGGUGCUCAGGCGGGGGCUGGCAGCCACCCUGGACAAGCAGGGGGUUCCUCUGGCUGCCUACGGUACCAUUUCUUCAGCCAUCCUGACAGGCAGCUGUCUGGGGAAUGCCUUCGCCUGCCACGAUGGCCAGUGCGUGGCCGUGGAGAACGUGGAAUGCGACUACCACCGGGACUGCAUGGACGGCUCCGAUGAGGCUGAGUGCGCUGGUGCCUUUGAGACCUUCAGAAAGAGAAAAAAUGUUGGCUCUGAGUGUUUGGGUAGAUGGCAAGCGGGUCCCGAAGGCACGGUCCUUGUCCUCCUGGGGCAGUCCCAGCACAGCACGCCUUUAAUCCUCUCUUUCCCCCCCCCCCCCCAUGUCUCUCUUUCUGUCUGUGGCAUUAGGCCCGCCCUGCAGACGGCAAACCGGAUUGUUGGGGGCUCGGAGGCCUUGCGGGGGGAGUUCCCCUGGCAGGUCAGCCUGCGGGAGAAUGGCGAACACUUCUGCGGGGCGACCAUUCUGACGGCGAGGUGGCUGGUGUCUGCAGCUCACUGCUUUAAUGAGCUUCAUGACCCCAGCUCCUGGACAGCCUACGUGGGCACUAUCUGGCUGAGUAACACCGGCAGCAGCUUUGCCAAGGCCGGCGUGGGCCACAUCGUGAAGCACCCGUCCUACAACACCGACACGGCCGACUAUGACGUGGCCCUGCUCCAUCUGGCUGACCCGCUGGUCUUCACCAAAUACGUCCAGCCCGUGUGCCUCCCGGCCGCCAGCCACGUCUUCCCCCCGGGCAGAAAGUGCCUCAUCUCAGGGUGGGGUUACCUCAAGGAGGACUUUUUGGUGAAGCCAGAGCUCCUCCAGAAGGCCACAGUGGAGCUUCUGGACCAGACCCUCUGUGCCAGUCUGUACACCAACGCUCUCACGGACAGGAUGCUUUGUGCCGGCUACCUGGAGGGGAAAAUUGACUCCUGCCAGGGGGAUUCUGGGGGGCCGCUGGUCUGCAAAGAGCCCUCCGGACGCUUCUUCCUAGCGGGCAUCGUGAGCUGGGGGAUCGGCUGCGCGGAGGCCAACCGCCCAGGGGUCUACGCCCGGGUAACCAAGCUCCGGGACUGGAUCCUUCACACCAUUGCCACGUUCACGCCUCCGACGACCAUCCCGACCACAGUUUCCACACUGCUGGACAACGCUUCCCUUUCAGAGGGGUCAAGUACCGUCAGUGAGCACGGCCCCAGCACGGCCCCAGCGUCCACUGCCACGAGCAGGCCGGUGACGGCGCCCCGCCCCCCAGAGUGCGGCCGGAGACCAGCCUUCUCCAAGCCCGUCAAAAUUGUGGGCGGACUGGACGCAUCCCGGGGGGAAGUGCCUUGGCAGGUCAGCCUGAAGGAGGGGCUGCGGCACUUCUGUGGGGCCACCAUCGUCGGGGACCGCUGGCUGCUCUCGGCCGCACACUGCUUUAAUCACACCAAGCCAGAGUACAUCACCGCCUACGCAGGCGCCACGCUGCUGUCGGCGGCGGAGAGCAGCUCCGUGAAGGUCAGCGUCAGGCGGGUGGUGCUGCACCCGUCCUACAACCCUCUGCUGCUGGACUUCGACGUGGCCGUCCUGGAGCUGGCCAGGCCCCUCCUCUUCGGCAAAUACGUCCAGCCCGUCUGCCUCCCGCUCGCCAUCCACAAGUUUCCUGUGGGCAAGAGGUGCUCCAUCUCCGGCUGGGGCAGCGUCCGUGAAGGCAACACCACCAAGCCCGAGCACCUGCAGAGAGCCUCCAUCAACAUCAUCGAUCAGAAGACCUGCAGCGUCCUGUACAACUUCUCCCUCACCGAACGGAUGAUCUGUGCCGGGUUCCUGGAGGGGAGGGUGGAUUCCUGCCAGGGUGACUCUGGCGGACCCCUGACAUGCGAGGAGACGCCUGGUGUGUUCUACUUGGCAGGGCUGGUGAGCUGGGGGGCCGGCUGCGCACAGCCCAGGAAGCCAGGGGUGUACACCCGGAUCACCAAGCUCAAAGGCUGGAUCCUGGACACCAUCUCGCCCCGCCCCAGCACCACCCUCACGUCCACCUCCAAGACCACGGCUGGCACCACCUCCAGCUCACCCGGCACUACCCAGACGACUAGCCAGACAACCCCCGAUCCAAGCACCAGUGCUGGCACCGUAUCUACACCACUAGCGAGCACGCCGAAGAUCAUCCAGUUCCCAGUUGUACCGUGCACGCUGACCACUUUCAAGUGCUCCAGCAAAGUCUGCAUUGGGAAACUGAACCCAGAGUGUGACGACAUUGUGGACUGCAGCAACGGCCGAGAUGAAUGGAACUGCACUUCCACGGCACAAGUAGGGAUUCAGAGCCAGAUCGUGGGGGGCAGCGGAGCGGCCCGUGGGGAGUGGCCGUGGCAGGUGAGCCUGUGGCUGCGGAGGAAGGAGCACAAGUGCGGGGCAGUCGUGAUCGGCGAGCGGUGGCUGCUGUCGGCUGCUCAUUGCUUCGACAUUUACAGUGACCCCAAGAUGUGGGUUGCCAUCCUGGGGACACCGUUCCUCAGUGGCCUGGAUGGGAGAGUGGAGAGAAUCUUCCACAUCCACAGGCACCCAUUUUACAACGUCUACACGCUGGACUACGACGUGGCCCUCCUGGAGCUGGCUUUCCCCCUGCGCUACACCAGCACCAUCAGGCCCAUCUGCAUACCGGACAGCUCCCACGUCUUCAGCGAAGGGGUGCGGUGCUUCAUCACCGGCUGGGGCUCCACUAAGGAGGGAGGUCUGAUGUCCAAGCACUUGCAGAAGGCUGCCGUGAACCUGAUCGGAGAGCAAGACUGCAAGAAGUUCUACCCCAUCCAGAUCAGCGGGAGGAUGGUGUGCGCCGGCUUCCUGCAGGGCACGGUCGACAGCUGCUCGGGCGACGCAGGUGGACCCCUAGCCUGCAAAGAGCCUUCAGGGAGGUGGUUCCUGGCAGGCGUCACCAGCUGGGGCUACGGCUGCGCACGGCCUUUCUUCCCCGGCGUUUACACCAGGGUGACGGCGGUGCGGGGUUGGAUCGGGCAGCAUCUCAAGGUGUGAGCCCCAGCGCCACUCAGGGAGAAGAGACGGCAACAUCAUAGGACGGAGCGAACCCACACG